CGGCGGGCAGGCGGCGGGUGCUCGGACGGCUGCUCCUCCUCCGGCUCCGCUCCGGCUCCUGCUCCCGUUCCUUCGCCCCUCCGCGGAGCGGUGCGCCAGCGCCCGGGCAGCCUCGCCGCGCCCCAUCCCGUCCGGCUGGGCACUCGGAGGGCGGCGCGCCGGAGGCCGAAGUUGCCUCGCACGGCCGGGAGGACGAGCUCGGGCUGCAGCAGCCCCGCCGGCGCAGCGCGCGCAACUUUGGAGAGGCGAGCAGCGGCCCCAGAGCGGCGGCGGCAGCGGCAGCGGCGGCAAUGACUCCCUGGCUCGGGCUCGUCGUGCUCCUGGGCAGCUGGAGCCUGGGGGACUGGGGCGCCGAGGCGUGCACAUGCUCGCCCAGCCACCCCCAGGACGCCUUCUGCAACUCCGACAUCGUGAUCCGGGCCAAGGUGGUGGGGAAGAAACUGGUGAAGGAGGGGCCCUUCGGCACACUGGUCUACACCAUCAAGCAGAUGAAGAUGUACCGAGGCUUCUCCAAGAUGCCCCACGUGCAGUACAUCCACACGGAAGCUUCCGAGAGCCUCUGUGGCCUUAAGCUGGAGGUCAACAAGUACCAGUACCUGCUGACAGGCCGUGUCUACGAUGGCAAGAUGUACACAGGGCUGUGCAACUUCGUGGAGCGGUGGGACCAGCUCACCCUUUCCCAGCGCAAGGGGCUGAACUAUCGGUAUCACCUGGGUUGUAACUGCAAGAUCAAGUCCUGCUACUAUCUGCCUUGCUUUGUGACCUCCAAGAAUGAGUGUCUCUGGACCGACAUGCUCUCCAAUUUCGGCUACCCUGGCUACCAGUCCAAACACUACGCCUGCAUCCAGCAGAAGGGUGGCUACUGCAGCUGGUACCGAGGAUGGGCCCCCCCAGACAAAAGCAUCAUCAAUGCCACAGACCCCUGAGCAUCAGACCCUGCCCCACCUCACUUCCCUCCCUUCCUGCUGAGCUUCCCUCGGACACUAACUCUUCCCAGAUGAUGACAAUGAAAUUAGUGCCUGUUUUCUUGCAAAUUUAGCACUUCGAACACUUAAAGAAAAGUCUAUGCUGGCCUAUGGAGUUUAUUUGGAACUAUCUUCCUGGUCCCACCCCACCCCUUCUUUUUGGUUUUGACAUCACUCAUUUCCACUUAGGAAUUUCUGGUGCCAUGCCAGAAAGAAUGAGGAAAGCAUACUCCUCUUCUUCGUGAUAAUAUAAUCUAUAUUUUUUUAGGAAAACAAAAAUUGAAAGACUACCCUAUUUGGGCAUUGUAAUAACUACCCCUCUUUCUUCAUCCCCACCUCACCAUCUCCCAGACCCUCCUCCUUUGCCCUUCUCCUCUGCCCCAGUACAUAAAGGACACAGACAUGGAAGGCGCUGAAAGGCCAACUAUUUCGGGAUCAGCCAAAAGUGGUAAGCAGAUAGACUUGAGGUACGCGACAGACCCCAUACCUCGAGGACACGCUACUGCAUAUCCCAGCCAGACCGUGUCUGUCUGUGUCUGCAUGUCACAGUGAGGGAGGGAAGGAAGAAACGCUAAGAGAGGGUUUGAGAUGUUGCAGCACACACACACUUUCCCCAGCCCCGCGAUGCUUGGGUUGACCAGAAGUUUCUGAGUCUGGAGCAGUCAGCCAGGCCAGAAUAACAGAGCUUUCUUAGUUGGUGAAGACUUAAACAUCCGCCUGAGGUCAGGAGGCAAUUUGCCUGCCUUGAACAAAUGCUCAGGUGAAAGACUGAGAUGAAUGUCUUUCCUCUCCCCACCUCCCAUAAGAUUUCCUCCUGGAAAACUCUUUGGUAGAUUUGGCUGGAAGCUUCCUUUAUGUAAAUUGGAGAAAUGUGCACACCGUACACUAUCCACAGAUAUAGCCAAGUAGAUUUGGGUAGAGAAUACUAUUUCCAAAGUAGUGUUUAGCUCACCUAGGGGGAUGUGUUUGUAUACACAUUUGCAGUAUACCCAUGCGGGGACAUAAGCUAAUUUUUUACAGGACACAGAAUUCUGUUCAAUGCUGUUAAAUACACCAAUAGUUUAAUCUCUUCUAUUUUGUUGUUGUUGCUUGUUUGAAGAAAAUCAUGACAUUCCAAGUUGACUUUUUUCUUUUUUCAUUUCAAUUAAAAUUUGAAAUUCUGAACACCCUCAGCACCCUCUUUUCCCCAUAACUGGGGUCAUUUGUCCUCUCCUUUUCUCCUGCUUCGUUUUGGGGGGCCUUCGUUUAACUGCCUUACUGGCUUGGCUCAGACAGCAGGUGAGAGUUAGUGUGGGCCAGGGGCCUGGGUGCAGGAGGGAAAGCUGCAGAGUGUCCUGCCUUGGCUAGAUGGCCACCUCUCCUGGGUUUGAAGACACCUUGCUCCUCUUCCCCCAGCUCACUGGUGGGUGAAUGCCACCUCCUGAGGUCCUCACCUCGUGGAAUUAAAAUUGUUGGUCACUAGGGAAGCCUGACUCUGUAAUCAGCUAUAGGGUUUUUGUUGUGUUUUUUGAAAUAAAACUAUAAUAUAAAUUCUCCUAUUAAAUAAAAUUAUUUUAUGUUUUAGUGUCGAAAGUGAGAUGCUGAGGAUAGAUCAUAAUGUGUAUUUUACAGAGUUGGGAAUGGUAGGAUGGCGACAUUUAACAUGAUUGUUCUCUGUCUAUUUUUUCAGAUUAUGGGUAUUUAUCCUCUAUUAGUAUUUGUAUUUUCAGUUCAUUCCACUUUAGGAAACAGAGCUGCCAAUUGAAACAGUAGGAAAAAAAAAAAAAGAAGAAGAAGCAGACAAGACGUUGUAGUGUCUCGCACACACACACAAAUGCCCAGGCAAGGUGGUUGGCAGAACCCCACAGCGGGGAAACAGUACAGGCAUCGGGUUUCCUCGGGAUUGAUUUCAUUACCUUGUACAUUUCCCCUGUGGUCAUGCCAUUUGGCAGGAGGCAUAUGGGAGGCUUGGCCCUCCCCACGGGGCAGUGUCAGAGCUGAGGUCAGCAGGCCAAUACUUUUUAAGGGAUGUGCCCCAGACUUGGUGUUUUGGGAUUGUCUUCAUUUCACCUCAAGUCUCGCAAGAUUGAGCCCCUGACCCAACCUGCACAAAUGCCCUCCUGCAAGUGGACAUCAGUGUCUCCUCUGUGAGGUAUCUGGCAGUUCUCGGUCCUCCGUGUGGUCACUCCCACUCAGGCAACGAAGGACUUGGGGGGAAGCCUGAGCAUGAGGCACCUGGUUUCCCCACAGAGCAGAUAAAUUGGCAGAACCACAGCCCCAUCUGUUGGGCCUUGGAGAGGAGGUCCUGGGCAAAGAAGGGUCCUUUACAAGGCAAUGUUGUCAGAGGGCGGUUUUUGAGCUUUCUAUAAGCUAUAGCUUUGUUUAUUUCACCUGUUCACUUACUGUAUAAUUUAAAGUCAUUUAUGUAGCUAAGACACUUCUGUAUUUCAAUCAUAUCAUGAACGUUUUAUUUUGCUAAAUCUUGUGUCAUGUGUAGGCUGUAAUAUGUGUACAUUGUGUUUAAGAGAAAAAAAAAAAAUGAAACCCACAUGCCGCCAUUUUCCUGAAUCAAAUUCUACAGUGGAAUGGAGAGCGAAAUACUUCUACUGGGCAGGCAGCUAGAUUGGCAAACUGGGGAAACUAGAAGGAACUAGUAACUGAGGCUCCUCCAGCCUCCUCCCUAUCAGAAUCCCAGUGGUUCCUGGAUUUGGAAGGGGAGGAAACAAAUAGGAAAUACACACACAUCCCUGUUCUGCACCAACUGGCCUUGAGUAGUCCGCUACUCACUCCCAUCCCCUUCGCCCCAACACCCUUUGCCCACCCACUUGGCAAGCCAUAAAUUCUCCUAAAAAUCCAGGGCCAGGAAAGCUAUGAUUCCAAGUUUUCUUUGCCUCCUCUGGGCAUCUCUUCUGCCUCCCAAUCAGGGAAGCCACACGCCCAGGCUCUUGCCUCUCGGGCCAGUGCUCCAAUCUGGCCAGGGAAGGUAACACUAGGAGACCCUUGUCUUUUACUCUCUCAACCCCAGACCUGCCUCAUGCUGGUCGAGCAACAGCCCAGGAGCACCAUUUCUCAAUAUCACAGUUCUUGAACAACUAAAAAAACAAAGGACUUAUUGGAACAGCUCUCUCUAGGAGAUUAUUGUGGCCUGCAGAAGACAGAGCCCUUCCCUGCUCCAACCCUUCCCCUUCCACUUGUGCAUGACGAUCCACAGCUUGGGUUACCCCAAGAUGACAUGCAAGUGUUUGGCUCCUGGCUACCUAAACUAAAAAUAUCCUUAGGGUAUUGCUCUCAGAGAGAAACAUCAUAAAAAUCUGAUGACAAAAGCAAAACAAAAUGAGGGGAUGUAGCAGAGGUGGAUAUCAACCACUUCCAAAUUGGCUCUUUGGAGGUAAGAAGAAAGGAAGAACUUAGAGAUGGUUCAUGCUUUGGGGAUACUCAGUUUCUCUUGUGUCCCCACCUUUCCCUCUACCCAGUCUGCUGUCCUGAAACCCAGAAGUGAUGGAGAGAAACCAACCAGAGAAAACCCUGUCUGGAAGGAAUGUAUUUGUUGCUAAAUUUUGUAGCACUGUUUACAGUUUUCCUCCAUGUUAUUUAUGAAUUUUAUAUUCCGUGAAUGUAUAUUGUCUUGUAAUGUUGCAUAAUGUUCACUUUUUAUAGUGUGUCCUUUAUUCUAAACAGUAAAGUGGUUUUAUUUCUAUCACACA